CGUCAGGUCAUAUUCACACACCAAACCCCAAUUCCAAAACCUCUAGGCUUUGGUGGUUUUCAUAUGUUGUAUAUGCAUUUCUCCAACCAAAUUUGUUUAUUAGGACUCUAGGUAUCACUUAUUUAUUAAGCUUCAAACUUGAUUUGCCUUUGGGACUUUUCAAGCUGGAAAGUCAUGGAACCGAGCUUCCUGGUGAGUGGAGAGUGAUGAUCCUGCCAAGACCCAAAAAAACAGUAACUACGGGCCCAACUGGAUCUAUGAUGCCUCACUGCUCUUUUUGUCUUUUAUUCUCUGGUUCAUAGAAGAGGAGGAGAAAAAUAGGGUUAACAAUAUUAUUUCAAUGGAGAAAAAUAAAGAUGGGGUUAGCUCACGUGACGAAGGUCUUGAGAUGAAGGUCUUGAGCUUGGAGUUGUUCCGGUCCAUUUUCCUUUGGGUGUGGAAGAUUCUGAACAUCCAUGAAAAGCAUUACCACCAUCAGUAAUGUUACUUUUGCUGUCUUCGUCUUCUGUUUGGCUGUUUGGUGCUGUGGGGAGGAAGAGAUGGAUGUAGCUCCAAUGGAAAAAACAGAGAAGGAAGCUCUGUACUCUGCUAUACAGGGCUUUGUGGGCAAUUGGUGGAAUGGAUCAGCUCUAUAUCCAGAUCCCUGUGGAUGGACUCCUAUACAGAAGCGGAAAAUGGAACCUGGCCUCCUAGUUUUCUGCAUACAUCCUGAAGGCAACAGUUUAUGAAUUGCGCUCUAAAAUCUUAAGGCUACAGAUACCACUUGUUUUGCACAGAAAACUUCCCAUGUACUCUUUAAUGCUCCUUACGGAAGAUUAUUACCAUGCACAUGGUGAUUCUAGCUCAUUACCCAAUUUUCAUCACUAAAAAAUCGUUAAUUUCAGACGCUAUAUAUGGGGUCUCUUGUGAUCUGUUUGAGGGGUUUUGGUACGUUACUGCGUUAAUUAUUGGUCCCGUUCAUGACAACUCGCUUGGUUGUGCAACAAAACUAGAAUUCAGACCAGAACUGUUUGAGCUCAAGCACCUCAAAACUCUAUCCUUCUUCAAUUGCUUCGUCUCUUCCCACAGAUAUCCCAUCUCCAUUCCAUCCAAUAACUGGAAGAAACUUGCGGGAAGUUUAGAAUCAUUAGAGUUCCGAUCCAACCCUGGUCUCAUUGGGCAAUUUCCUGCUAGCUUUGGCUUUCUCCUGAAGCUCCAAUCAUUGGUGCUAAUUGAAAGUGGAUUAACUGGGAAAUUACCAACAAAUAUUGGAAACUUGAUCAACUUGAAGCGUCUAGUUCUUGCUGGGAACAGGUUUAAUGGUCCAAUUCCUUGUAGUUUUGGUGGGUUGAGUCAGCUACUUAUAUUUGAUUUAAGUAGGAAUACACUAUCUGGGCCUUUGCCAUCGAGUCUCGGAGGGUUGACCUCACUUUUGAAGUUUGACUUGAGCAACAAUCAGCUCGAAGGUAUGCUACCAAGUGAGAUUAGUAACUUGAAGAAUCUGACCCUUUUGGACCUUAGAAACAACAACUUUUCAGGCGGCUUGAGCAAAUUGCUUGAAGAAACGUGUUCAUUGGAAGAGUUGGUAUUGUCCAACAACCCCAUUGGUGGAGUCUUUACGUGCCUAGAGUGGCAUAAACUACACAACUUAGUCGUUUUGGAUCUUUCUAACGUGGGCUUGAAAGGAGAGAUACCUGAAUCCAUCUCAAAAUUAAAGAGAUUGAGAUUUCUGGGUCUGAGUGACAACCACCUCACGGGCAAGCUCCCUGCAAAGCUAUCUACUCUACCUUGCGUUACUGCACUCUACUUAAAUGGGAACAAUCUGACAGGAGAGAUUAAUUUCUCUGAAGGGUUUCUUGGGAAAAUGGGAAGGAGGUUUGGGGCAUGGAACAACCCAAAUCUUUGUUAUCCGGUUGGGUUGAAGUCACCUAGCCAUGUUCCAUAUGGGGUAAAACUGUGCCAGAAAGAGGUCACAGUACAUGAAUCCAAUCCAAGAACUAAGUAGUUGGCUGAUGGGAAUUUGAAACAGAAUUCCCAUUUUGUGGCUUCUUUGGGGAUUCCCAAGCUAUGUUAGUGAUGGGUUUUGGUGAGUUUCUCAGGUGGAAAUGUUGAUGGGUCUUUCCCUAAGAUGUUUCCUAUGGGAAUCUUAAUUGGAGAUCAGGUCUCAAGUCCAAAAUAUUUCUUUCAGAUAUAUCCAACCGCAUUCUGAUCUUAAUUUGUUCCACUUUUCUUGUCCCCUAACAUGAAGUUGUAGCCUUUUUUUCCCGGUUGUACCAGCCAUAUAUAGUUAAUGUCCACUUUGACUUACCUCUAAUCAUCGGAACGAUAUAUAUUGUAUUACAAUUCAAGCUAGUCAUGCCUUCUUUUCCAAAA